AUGAAUCCUACAAGUUCUUCACCUCCAUCAAUGAAACCAGAUGUGACCCUUUCCUUAACAAUACCAUCAUCAAAUCAUUCCCACUCAUUUAAACCCGAAGAAAGAGGGGUUAAACUCAUCCAAUUAUUGUUAACUUGUGCCAACCAUGCAUCCUCUGGUGAUCUCCACCGCGCCGACUUAUGUUUGAAUCGCAUAUCACAACUAGCUUCUGUCACCGGUGACUCAAUCCAACGACUGGCUGCUAGGUUUGUAACCGCACUAGCAUACCGUAUAAUUAGGCGUUGGCCUGGUCUUUACAAGGCCCUGAGUAACUCUGAACGCAAGAGCAUGAACAUAGGGUGGGCCCGUCAUGCUAAUUCUAUGUUCUCUCAAUCAUUUCCUUAUAUGUCUCUUGCAUACCUUAUCAUAACUCAGACGCUAGCCCAAGCUAUGUCUUGGGAUCGUGUCAUACACGUCAUCGAUUUGGGCUCAUGUGACACACAAUUAUGGGUUCGGCUUCUGACAAAGUUUGCUCAAGGCCCUAUGGGCCCACCUCGAGUAAAGAUCACUUGUGUUAGUUCUAACAAGGUAAUGCUAGAGGACUUGGGCAUUACCCUUGUCAAAGAGGCUAAAAGCUUAGAUAUGUCAUUUCAAUAUAACCCUUUAAAUGUCACCCUAAUGGACCUUACACAAGACAUGCUUGAGGUAAAGCCCGGUGAAGCGUUAGCUUUUGUAUCAAUCUUAAAUCUUCAUGUAUUAUUGGCUCAGGAUGAUCAUGUUGACACACAUUUCAAGGUUAACGAGAAAAACGAUAUAAUAAAGGAAAACAAGAAAAUGGGUGAAUUUUUGAAGAUGGUUCAUUCAAUGUCACCAAAGUUGGUACUAGUUGUUGAACAAGAAUCAAAUCACAACUUAACCCGUUUAGUGGACCGUUUUGUUGAGGGGUUGCAUUACUAUAGUGCAAUUUUUGAUUCUAUUGACACAACCUUUACUAGGGGGGAGCUUUCGGAUGAAGAGCGGAUUAGACUAGAGGACAUGGUCGGGCAAGAAAUCUUGAACAUUGUAGCAUGUGAAGGCUUUGAGAGGGUCGAGAGGCAUGAGAGGAUUGCACAUUGGGCUAUUCGGUUUUCAUGGGCCGGGUUCAAACCCGUGAACUUAUGGGUCGAGGCCAUGGAGGAAGCCCGACAAGUAAUCGAUAGUUGUAGGCCAUAUGGUUACAAAUUAGUUACUAAUAGACCUGGUUGGAUGAUUUGUUGGCAUGACCGGCCCAUCUAUUCAAUUUCGGCAUGGGUUAUUUAA